AUUCUAUUGAGAAUCAUAUAGGUAAAGUAAAGCAUAAUUCCUUGCCUUUUCUUCCUCAGAAGCAUGAUCAAGUUCUCAACAGCGAAUAAUGAAGUUUAACAGUUCUGAAUCUUCGAGCAACCGCGGUAGCAGAAAGUAUGUGAAGAGAACUACAACUACUAGUCCUGGAAAAUGUGAAGAAGAUAUCAAUGUUGAAGCUGAGAAAUUUAUCAAAAAGAAGCUGAAGCACAUACUUGUCGACGACGAUGUUGGUGCUCAAACUGACGGAAUUGUUGAACAAAAGCAGGCUGUUAUUAGCAAGCAAGAGCAUAAACAAGAUGAUAUUUAUAUAGAUGUCAAAGCUGAGGAAUUUAUCAAGCAAAAGAAGUUAGAACUCAGAAGGGUCUCCCUCAAUGUUGGGUAAAUGAUACAUAAAUAAUGCAAAUAUUCUUCAAUCUGCACCGGCUUUUGCCAAAUUAUGUGUGGCUAUUCUGUAUAUUGGAAUUUGCCUUGUUGCAAAUUUAUAAUUUGCUCAACGUCAUUAUUUCGCCUCCCCUUUAUACCAAAUAUUUAAAGGGAGAAAUAAUACUUAUUUGCAAUCUAAUUUUACUAAAUAAAUUG